AUGAACGAAAUAGAAAAAAUUUUGAAUGACUUGGCAAUUCGUAAAUUUCAAUUAGCAUCAGAAUUUCUAGCAUUGAAUAAAGAAAUGCAAACAAUUCUCGAUAAUUAUCGCCUCAAUCUAUCUAAAACCAAGUCAAUUUUAGGAUUAUCAGCAACAAGUGCUGCAUUUAUCGAUAAUCGCGAUUUGGAGCCAAUUAUUCGGAUUGAAAUAAAUUCAGAUGGAGUGUUUUCUGUAAUACCAAAUGAUGCACCGAACAAAGCAGUUGGAGGUUGUCAGUUUCGUCCAUUUGGUAUCCUGGAACCAUUAUGCGCAAAAGCCGCUCGACAUGACGUCAUCAAAACACUGCCGCUGAUUUGUGAAAUAGCUAGUAUAAAAUACAAAUUGAAAGAAGUGGAUGACGAAUAUCGUAAAGCGAAAGAAUCUUCGGCUUUGAUUAUCUAA